AUGGCGGCCGAAGUCGACUUUCGCGCCAUCUCGGCUUUCUCCUCGCUGCCUGAAACUUCCCUCACCUCGCUCAUCAGUCAGCCGACGCCCGAGCUCGUCACUGCCCUUCUUCGCGCUAUCGAGGUGAAAGUUAGAGAGUUUGAACAAAACAAGUCCCAAAAAGUCAAGCUCGAAAUCGAACUCGAGACAGUCGUCCGGACAAGUGAAUCCAAAGCGAAGGUGCUGCAAAAUUCGCGUGACAAGGCCCUUGCAGAAUCCAGCAAACUUCGGGUCGAAUUGCAAACCUCGGAAAAUACACGAUCAAAGUUGGAGACCGAGCUCGAGCAGUACCGCUCUGCCACGGCAAAUGAGAAUUCUGAAGUCAACACUCUCAAGUCACGUAUUUCUUCUCUCGAAGCCUCCAACCGAGAUACCUUGUCUCUCCUCGAGUCCAAAAACACCGCAUACGAAAGCCUAUCCCAAGACCUUUCAGCUCAACACCAAAAGACUGCGGAACUUAGAAAACAAAUCAACGGCCUGGAGCACAUACUGCAGUCUGCCAAUGCUGGCGUUGCAAGUGCGAAAUUCAAAGAGCAGUCACUUCAGCAAGAAGUUGAGAUGCUCAAGAAAAACAACGAGUGGCUAGAGACUGAGCGAAAGAUCAAGGCUGAAGAACACACCAACUUCCGAAAAGAGAAGAAUGCGCGGAUUUCAGAACUUUCAAGAUUAAAUGAGCAGUACAUAUCUGAAGCAGAGACUCUGAGACGUUCCGAAACUUCUCUCAAACAGCGAUUGGAGGAGCAGACGGCCAGAUUUGAAGAGACGUUGGAGGAGAUGCAGAAGAUACGGGAAGAAAAGAUAUCUGCCGAGGAUGGAUUCAGAGUCGAACUCGAGAGCGUAAAUCGUCUAGCUGAGCUGCAAGCGGCGUCUGCCGAGACAGCUAAACAGCGCGUUCAGGAACUAUCCGCUGCCUUGGAAGAAUCCCGCGAGGAGGCUGCAGAAGAGAUUGGCAUCAUCCGAGCUGAGAUCGAAACUGAACACAAUGACCGGGUUGCUGCUGAGCAACGUGUGGCCGAGCUCGAGGAAUCCCUGCAGCAAAUGGCAGGUGAAUUAGAACAGUCUCGGGUGAGACAAAGCACUCCUCAACGCACAACGAAUGGUUCAGGCAUCACGACACCUCUUCGGCCCGGAACCCCUAGUGGUAUUUUCUCUCCGGCGUCCGUAUCCAGAGGGAAAUCUCAAAUGACCAUGACUCAACUUUUCUCGGAAUACAAGAAGCUCGAAGGAGAACUGGCGAGCGAGAAGCGUGCUAGGGAGCAACUGCAGGAAAACCUUGAUGCCAUGGUCGACGAACUGGAAAACAACAAGCCUGAGAUUGAGGAGCUGCGUGCGGACCAUGCUCGUCUGCAGAGCGAAGUCGUCGAGAUGUCUGCGAUUGUCGACAAGACAAACGCUGACCGGGAUGCCACGAUGAAAGAGCUGAGGAACUGUCAAGGCCAACUCGAAAGCAAGUCAAGGGAGGUGGAAGUUCUCUCUCAGCAACUUCGAGACAAGGGCUCUGAGAUCCGAUUCCUGUUGGUCGAGCAGUAUGUUCGCGAACGAGGCGAAACCCUUACACGCGAAGAUUUUGAGGAACUGGAGAAACAGACCAAUGCAGCAAUGUCACAGGACAUGGCAAAUCUCUCCGAAAACCAACAACUGAUCAAUCAGCGACUCAUUAUCUUCAGGAACAUCACCGAGCUGCAACAACAAAACGAGAAUCAGCUGAAGACCAUUCGAAAUUUAGUCAGUGAAUUGGAGAGCAACGAGGCGAAGGACCGAGAGCAACAGAACCAUGCUCUCAGCCGCGAACUAGAACAAGCUCGUGCACAAAUUGCCUCGUACCAGGAUGAGUUGAGGACGAUGGUGGCUCAGACCAAGAGUUUUGUCAAAGAAAGAGAUAUGUUCCGAAACAUGUUGACCAGACGCGGCCAUCUACCUAGCCAGGUCCAACCAAACGAUUUCUCCCGGUCGUUACCAGUCCCCAGUGGAGAGUCACCAGCAGGGUCCGUAACCGGCGGCGAUUCUGACUAUGCCAAGCUCCUCAAAGACCUGCAACAACACUUCGACUCAUAUCGACAAGAAGCUUCCACAGACCACACUGCCCUGAAGAACCAGGUCGUUGAGUUGAGUAAAAAGAACUCACAGUUACAGACCGAGAUUAGUCGGACUGUGGGACAGUUGACGGCUGCAAAUCAGCGCUACGAAAUGUUGCAGGCGAACUAUAACUCACUCAAGAUGGAAAAUGGCGAGAUUCAGAAGAGAUCAUGGACUGCCAUGGAGAAUGCUACAAAAAAUGAGCUCAAGACUCAGCAAGUCGCCGAGGAGCUUGUUGAAGCUCGAAAUCUUCUCGACAGUCUGCGCCGCGAUUCUGCGAAUCUCAAGGCGGAGAAGGAUUUGUGGAAGAGUGUGGAACGAAGAUUGAUCGAUGAUAAUGAGUCCCUGCGCAAUGAGCGAAGCCGGCUGGACCAGCUCAAUGCAAGCCUCCAGACGAUCAUUAAUGAACGUGAACACACGGAUUCCGAAACACGACGUCGACUGCAAUCCCAGGUGGAAUCAUUAGAGUCUGAACUUCAAUCAACCAAGAGAAAGCUCAAUGAAGAAAUCGAAGAAAGUAAGAAGGCUGCCUUGCGUCGAGAAUAUGAGCAUGACCAGGCCCAGAAGCGGAUAGAGGACCUUGUUACCAGCCUAAGCACAACGAGGGAGAAGCUGGCUUCAGCAAAGACGGCUAAGGACCAUCUGCAAGCCAGGGUUGAUGAGCUCACGGUGGAACUGCGGUCUGCUGAAGAACGCUUAGAAGUGUUGACCAAACCUGCAGAGCCUACAACGGAGGCAAGUGUUCCUGAGGACACUACUUUGAGCAAAGAGCAAGAAUUGGCCGUGGAAAUUUCAGAACUCAAGCGUGACCUUGAGCUCAAGACAUCCGAACUUGAACGCUCCAACGAACAGGUGGAAGUUUACAAGAAUAUUAGUCAGUCAAGCGAAGAGCGUCUUCAAGAGCUAAGCGAGACCAACGAUCAGUAUCGCGAAGAAACGGAGGCCGUGCUUGCUGAGAAAGAAGCCAAGAUUAAGGAUCUCGAGCAACGCAUCGAAGAUAUCUCAGCUGAACUGAAUACCACCAACCAGGAAUUGACACGACUGCGGGACGAACAAGCAGAGUUUGGUCGCAAACUCGAUGAACAGAAGUCGGGAUUCGAGUCUGAGAUUGGACGGCUGAAGGAAGAGGCGGAGAAGAGUGCCGAGCAAGCACAGUUCAAUCUGGAGGCCUCGAAAAUUCAAGCCCAAAUUGCUACAGAAGCUCAGCAAAACUAUGAGACUGAGCUACUGAAGCAUGCUGAAGCGGCCAAGACCUUGCACACAGUUAGAGACGAAGCCAACAAACUCAGACUAGAGAUGGUUGACUUGCGAACGCAAGCCGAGACGUCCAAAGCAGAUCUUGAGCGGAAACAAGCUAGCUGGGAAGAGAUGAGAGACCGGUAUGAGAGAGAACUUGCUGAUCUCAAGAAGCGACGUGAGGAGCUUGCCCAACAGAACAACCUUUUGCAUGAUCAACUCGAAAGUGUCACUCAGCAGAUUACCGCUCUGCAACGCGAUCGGGCAGCCUUGACGGAAGGCGUGAACGAGGAGGCGCCCGCUCAACCGUCUGCGGAGCUUGACAAGCUGCAGGAGGUAAUUACCUACCUCCGUCGGGAGAAGGAUAUCGUGGAUGUUCAAUAUCAACUCUCGGUUCAGGAGGCAAAGCGAUUGAGGCAGCAGCUGGAGUUUGCCCAGUCGCAACUAGACGAGACGCGAUUGAAGCUCGACCAGCAGCGCCGUUCCGAGGCCGACGCGGAACGGAAUGCUCUCAGCCACAACAAGCUCAUCGAAACUCUUAAUGAGUUGAAUCUAUUCCGUGAGAGCAGCGUUACUCUACGAGCAGAAGCUAAGCAAGCCACCCAAGCUUUGGCUGCGAAGACCCGACGUGUGGAGCAGCUGGAAGGCGAAGUACAGACCUUACAGGCUCGUGUUGCGGAACUGGAGAAUUUGUUGGAGUUGAAAGAAGGAGAGUUAAAACUGAGCCAAGAAGACCGAGACCACUGGCAACAGCGCACUCAGAACAUUCUCUCGAAGUAUGACCGAGUCGAUCCUGCGGAAAUGGAGGCUCUCAAGGAGAAGAUGACCACACUUGAGCGAGAACGCGAUGACCUCCACGUAGAGCUCGACAAUGCUAUUACCGAGCGCGACGAGGCUCGUAGAGCUCUUCAAACACAGGUCGAGAGCACGCAGGCAGCAGUUGAUACUGCUAAGGGCGAGUUGAAGACAAGACUGGAGACGCAGUUCAAGGGAGUCAUCAAAGAGAAGAACAAUACUCUACGUGAGAGGAAGUUCGAGUUUGACGCAGUUGUGGCUGAACGAGAUGCUUUGCACGCAGAGCUUGGUUCGCUCAAGGAACAACUGGCUGCCGCCGAAGCACAUCCUCCUCCAGCAACAUCGACUCAGGUCAAUGGGGAACAUUCAGCAACUGCUGAAGCCUCAAAUACUAAUGGCACAUCCGGCACCGACACUGCGGAGCUGGUAGCCAAGGUAAAAGGACUAGAAGAGUCGCUGGCGGAGAAGACCAGGGAGCUCGACGAGUUGAAAUCUGGGCAGGAAGAGCGGUUUAAGUCAAGAGUGGCCGCAAAUGAGGCAAUCCUCAAUAAACGGCUAGCUGAGUUUAAGCAGCAAGCGCAGCAAGCGAAAGUGGCUGCCCUUGAAGAGUUGACAGUCAAGCUCAACGCCCAACAUCAACAAGAAAUGGAGGCGCUGAGAGCCAAGUCAGUGCCUGUUGCAAGCGAGCUCCAGCAGCCUGCGGAAGAUGCGACUGGCGCUGUUGCUGCUGUGACCAACGGAGAAAUUCCUGAUGACGUGUUGUUGUCCCUGCCCGAGGACAAGGCAAAAUUCCUCGUGAACAAAAAUGACACUGUACGACGGAUUGUCAGAGCCAAUAUCAGCAAAGGGCUGGAGAAAGAGAAGGAGAAUCUUCGGAAAGAAAUGGCCGAAUCUCAAGGCUCUCAGAAUGAAGGAGCUUCUGCGGGACUGCCCGAGCAAUUGGAGGAGCGACUUAAGUCUGAAAAAGAAGCCAUCAUCAGACAGAAAGAGGCCGAGUUCGAGACCGAGAAAGAAGCGUUGAUUAAACAAUACGAAGAAAAUCUUGCUCGGGAAAAGCAAGCAAUGGCCAGCAAGCACGAAGAGGAGCUCAGAACGCAGAAACUCCACUUCGACGAAGAGUCGGCAAGGAAAAUCGAAGAACAAGUUAAGAAUGCCGAGCAGUUGGCGGAGAAGCGAGGCGCUGUCAAACUUAAUAUGUCUCAGAACAGAGCAGCUAUGGCAAACGCAAAACUAGACGUCGUGAAAAAGGCAGCAGAGGAGACUCCUGAGAAGGCGGUUGGAGAGGUGUGGCAAAUCGCUAAAGACGCGAAACCCACUGCACCGGCUGCUGCAACAGCACCAAAGCCGGCUGCUCCUACUCCUGUCGCUCCACCUUCACAAACCACAGCGAAACCAGACAUCCAUGUCAAAGCCGACGAAACUACUCAGCCUCCAGUUGCGGCUCCCGAGCAACCAGCAGCUGCCGAACCUGCUUCGCAGCAACCUAAGCCAAAUCCAUUCCAGCAACCCGCCCCUCAGCCGAGUCCCGCUCAACCUGCUCAACCUUCACAGUCCGCUCAACCCGCCCACCAUGAAGCUGCGAAGCAGUCUCAACCAGGUGCGGCCUUGAUGCAUCAACUCCAAUCCGGAAUCCCGCGCGGUGGAUCAAGCCGUGGCCGAGGAAGUGGUAUCCCUAGAGGGCGUGGAGCACCCAGAGGCGGACGCGGAGGCGGCCCGAAUGUACACACCGGCGUUAGUCAACAGGCAGGCAGGAGUGGAGGCGCGAACAGUCCGAGCCGCGGUUCGUUGAAUCCUCAAGCUGCUCAAUUUACUCCUGGUGGUGGAAAUAAGAGAGCUCGAGAGGACGGUGAGGUGACAGAUGGCAGUGGUCAGGGGAAGAGGAUCCGCGGUGAGGGCGCUGUGGCACAGUAG